AAGUGUUGACCCAAUAUAGUAUAAUAAUAAUUCAAUAUAGAGUUCAGAGAUGUAUCCAUCUAUCUUACCUUUCCAAGCGUGUCUCAAACUUGACUUUUAAGCUUUCUCUCAUGGCAGAUUCUUCUUCACCUUUGUCAUUGCAGCCUUGCCACUGGAGACACCAUGUGUUCCCAAGCUUCAGUGGCCAAGACGUCCGCAGAACCUUUCUCAGUCACCUUCUCAAGGAGUUCCGGCGAAAGGGAAUCCGCACGUUCAUAGAUAACGAUAUCAGGAGAAGCCAAAUGAUUGGUCCUGAGCUGGUACAGGCUAUCAGAGAAUCAAGGUUUGCGGUUGUAGUGUUGUCCAAGAGAUAUGCAUCUUCUAGGUGGUGUUUGGAUGAGUUGGUGGAGAUCAAGGAAUCUAGCAAAACGGUUAUGCCCGUUUUCUACAAGGUUAAUCCAUCUCAUGUGAGGAAUCUAAACGGAGAAUUUGGAACGGCAUUUGAGGAAGCAUGUCAAGGCAAACCAGAGGAUGUGAAGCAGAGAUGGCGAGAUGCUUUGGUCUAUGUGGCUGAUAUAGCCGGCGAGUCUUCUCAAAACUGGGACAGUGAAGCAGAUAUGGUUGAAAAGAUUGCUAUGAGCAUUUCAAAUGAACUGAACUCCGCAGCAUCAGGAGGAGAUUCAGACAAUCUGGUCGGAAUCAGUGCUCAUAUGAGAGAGAUGGAUUCUCUGUUAUGUCUGGAAUCAAAUGAAGUGAAGAUGGUUGGGAUUUGGGGUCCUGCAGGUAUUGGCAAGACUACAGUUGCCAGAGCUUUAUUCAACCAGCUUUCUAAAAACUUCCAACACUCUAUCUUUGUGGAGAAUGUUAGAGGGUGUUAUAUCAGAACAGGACUGGACAGAGAUGGCUUCAAGUUGCGUUUGCAAGAACAGUUUCUGUCUGAAGUUAUUGAUCAUAGGCACAUGAAGAUACAUGAGUUAGGUCUGGUAAAGGAAAGAUUGCAGGAUCUGAAAGUUCUUGUUGUUCUUGAUGAUGUUGACAAACUAGAACAGCUUGAUGAUGCCUUGGCGAAACAUUCUCAGUGGUUUGGACCUGGAAGUAGGAUCAUCGUGACCACGGAAGACAAACAGCUUCUGAGAGCGCAUGGGAUCAAUCUCAUAUACGAAAUGGGGUUUCCAUCAAGAAGUGAAGCUCUUCAGAUCUUCUGCCAAUCUGCAUUUGGAAAAAGCUCUGCUCCAGAUGGUUAUGUCGAGCUUGCUAGUGAAAUUACAAAUCUUGCUGGCUAUCUUCCCCUGGCUCUGAAGGUUUUGGGGUCAUCUCUGCGAGGGAUGAACAAGGAUGAGCAAAAGUCAGCGCUGCCUAGACUCAGAACCAGUCUCAGUGAGGAUAUUAGGAAUGUUUUACGUGUCGGUUAUGAUGGUUUACAUGAUAGGGAUAAGUCCUUAUUCCUUCAUAUUGCGUGUUUAUUCAGCGGUGAGAAUGUUGAGUAUGUGAAGCUUUUGCUCGCAAGUUCUGGCUUGGAUGUCAACUUUGGGCUACAAGUUUUGACCAAUAGAUCUCUCAUAUACAUGUUGAGAUGCAAUCGCACCAUUAUGAUGCAUAGUUUGCUACAACACUUGGGCCGAGAAGUUGUUUGUGCACAAUCUGUUGACGAGCCUGGAAAACGUCAUUUCUUGGUGGAUGCUUCAGAGAUCUACGACGUACUUGUUGAUAACACAGGCACUGGAGCUGUUUUGGGCAUAUCUUUAGACUUAUCAAAGAUCACUGAGUGGUUUCUGAAUGAAACAUCUUUUGGUGGGAUGCACAACCUGAUGUUUCUAAAAUUGUACAAGUCCUCGUUGAGUAAAGAUCAAACCGAGCUGCAUUUACCUCGAGGCUUGGAUUAUCUUCCCCGUAAACUUAGGCUGCUGCAUUGGGAUGCAUAUCCCACGACAUCACUGCCUCAGAGUUUUCGUCCAGAGUUUCUUGUUGUUCUAAAUUUAAGAGAGAGCAAGCUUGAGAAGCUAUGGGAAGGAGAACAACCUCUUAGAAGUCUGACACAUAUGGACUUGAGUAUGUCUAAGAAUCUAAAAGAGAUUCCAGAUCUUUCAAAAGCGGUAAAUAUGGAGGAACUUUGUCUCAGUCAUUGCAGCUGUCUGGUGAUGUUAUCUCCCUCAGUCAAGAACCUUAACAAACUGGUUGUUCUUGAAAUGGAGUGCUGCUCAAAGCUAGAGUCUAUUCCAACAAAUAUCAACUUGGAAUCUCUCAGCAUUCUCAAUCUUGAUAAAUGCUCGCGAUUGACAACUUUUCCAGAUGUUUCUUCCAAUAUUGGAUUUCUCUCUAUGUCAGAAACCGCAAUAGAACAAGUUCCAGAAACAAUCAUGUCUUGGCCGAAUCUGGCAGCACUGGACAUGUCAGGCUGCAAGAACCUCAAGACAUUUCCUUGUCUUCCAGACUCUAUAGAAUGGUUGAAUUUCAGCAGGACAGAGAUCGAAGAAGUCCCUUCGCGGGUGGUAGAGAAUCUCUACAGGCUAAGUAAACUACUGAUGAAUAGCUGCAUGAAGCUGAGAAGCAUCUCUUCUUGUAUUUCUAGGCUGGAAAACAUUGAAACGCUUGAUUUCUUGGGAUGCAAGAAUGUUGUGAACUUUCCUGUGGAGAUCUUCGAGAGCUCUCGGUUCUGUCAUAAUCUGGUGAUGGAAAUGGGAGGCAUCCAAACCCCUGGUCUUCCUGGACCAUUUUAUUUCAGGGAUGGUUAUAUUGAAACAAUCCCGGAUUGCAUCACACGUCACUGUAAGCUUCCCUUUCUGAAUUCAUCAAGACCAGUAUCCAGCAAUAUUGAGAGUAAUUUCAUUUGGUUCGACCAACUAACAAAGGGGGAAGAAUGGCAUGGUGAUGAUGAUGAUGAUGAGUGAUGAGUCUAUUUAUUCUUAUUGAUUGUUUAUACAGCUAGUUUUAUCAUCCGUAUGUUUCAUGUUUGUAAAAAGUCUUGUACUAAUGUGUUGAAGCAACACUGAAACAUGUUUGACAUUGUGAGUGUUGGUUACUAUGAUAGAUAGGCAUGUUCGAAACCAAUGUCUACUUCUCAUCUCUAAAAGGAUUCGGCACCAUGAAGAAAUACUGCAACUUUGGCUC